AUGAAGCCAGGGCUCAAGGAAGCACUCGAGUACCGUAGCUUCCUCGUCAAGGUUCAGACCAAGGCUUUCCACGUCAUCACCGGACGCGGCUCUUCCUCCAUCGCCGACGGCGCCCUCCCUUACGACGUCGUGCACCUCGCGGGAGGCGGCCUCUAA